AAGAUGUCUGGUCGCGGUAAAGGAGGGAAAGGGCUCGGGAAAGGCGGCGCCAAGCGGCACAGGAAGGUGCUCCGUGAUAACAUCCAGGGCAUCACCAAGCCUGCCAUCCGCCGUCUAGCUCGCAGGGGAGGCGUCAAGCGCAUCUCUGGCCUCAUCUAUGAGGAGACCCGCGGGGUGCUGAAAGUCUUCCUGGAGAACAUCAUCCGGGACGCCGUCACCUACACCGAGCACGCCAAGAGGAAGACCGUCACCGCCAUGGACGUGGUCUACGCGCUCAAGCGCCAGGGCCGCACUCUCUACGGCUUCGGGGGUUAAUGCUGCCUCCGUCCUCACAGCACAAAGGCUCUUCUCAGAGCCGCCCACAUCUUCCCGGGGAGAAGCUACAAUUCCUUCUGCGCUCAGCCACUGAGGGGUUAACACCGCCCGCACAUCAGGGGACGGAGGGCCGGACAAUUGUCCGAGAUCAGCGGCGCCCUGUGCUCAGUACAGCCGGAGGUCUACAAUACAGAAAGCCCCAGUAAUGUAAAUCCCGAGCCCCGGGUGUUCUCCACCGCUCCUGUCCCCGCAGCUACAAGACAAGCUGUGCUCGGAGACAGAGGGGUUAAUCCGUCCCGGAGCUUCAGAGACAAA